AGGAGUUGCAUUUUCCUCUCAAGGAAAGAGAGAGGGAGAGAGAAAAUUUCACCGAGAGAGCGAGAAAUGGAGAUGGAUGAAGAUAUGGAAAUCGAGCCAACGGUGUUCGAGGCCAGAGAGAUCGAUCUGGAGUACGAGUUUGAUGCGGCUCGGUGGUACGAUUUCACUCGAAUGGAGUUACCGGCGGAUUCUCAGGCCGCCGAGUUCUGGUUUCAUUCUGCUCCGUCGUACCCUCCCUCUCCUUUCGUAACAAAACUGUUACUUAGUGAGGAGUUUUCUGAUGAAAAGGCCGAGGCAUCAGCGAAACCAGAGGAUGAGGAAGUCACAGAAGAUGUUUGUGAUAAGAAGGAUAGAGAAAUCUACAAGCAGCCAUAUUUAGCCACAGAUUUGAAUAAAACAGGAAAUGGAAUGCGUUUUGGGAUUUUCUCCUCCCAACAAGGUAGUAACUUGAAGAAAGUUCCAAAUCAACCCAUAUCCAAAGGGCCAACGGUUAGCAAUCACAAGCAAACCGAUAAACCGAAAUUCCGAGCUAAGUCAAGCAUCAGACCAACUCCAAGGAGCUCGACGUUAAUGAGACCUACUGCUAGCCAGUUAGCAAAACAAAAUAAUGCUAGUAAAUUCCAUAUGCAAGUGGAUCAAAUUUCUGAGAAAGGCCUUUGUGGGACAGCUGGGACCGAAGUUCAAGCGGCUAAAAGACAGAAGCUUGAUGGAGGUCUUCUUCGUAAGGUUGCUGAUACGAAGCAGGAAGUGAGUUUUGUACACAAGAUACCUAAUAAAAAGGAUACAACUCUUGAUAGAAACUCACAACAUGCCAGGACAAAGGUUACGAUUCCACAGGAGCCUGAUUUUGCUACAUCACAGAGGGCUCACAGAAUACGGAACAAGAAUGAUGCGAAGGUAGAACAGGACUCAGCCGCUGUAUAUAGAUUCAAAGCACGUCCAUUUAACCGAAAGAUAUUUGAUGCUCCUUCAUUGCCCAUCCGGAAAAAGAGCACUCCAAAACUACCUCAAUUCCAAGAAUUCCAUUUGAAGACUUCAGAAAGAGCUAUGCAACAUUCUUCAGCAGUAACAACAAGGUCUAAUCAGGGGAAUGAUGCGUAUAAGGGGUCAGAUAAAUCUAAUAUAACUGAUUCGCUCGACGGAGUUAACAGGGAGAGUAGGAGGAGACCAAGCGUUAUGGAUAUACCUAAGCAUGAUGUCUCGGAGGGAAAACACGUUUUUAAAGCUCGUCCUCUGAACAAGAAGAUACUCUCAAGCAGAGGAGACAUGGGCAUUUUCAAAAACAGCAAGCGAGAAACAACAGUACCUUUGGAGUUUAGUUUUCAUUCGGAAAAGAGAGUUCAGCCAGAUUUACCAACAGAUCUUUUCAGCAAGCUCUCUAUCAAAUCGGAGCUCCAGCAAAACAAUGGAUCUCUCACAAGAUUUCGUCAACCAAAGGUCUUCAAGGAAAAUAGAGUGAACUCUUUCCAAGCAGGGAAUGCCAAUUAUCAUUAA